AUGCCAAACUUGGUCUUCCUCUCUCUUUCAGGUAACCAAUUGACUGGAGAUAUCCCUGUCUCUAUAGAAGCUAUGGUGUCCCUUGUGGUCCUUGAUCUUUCAGUAAUGACUUAUCGUAGCAUUCCUUCAAGCAUUGGGAAUUGCUCUUUCCUAAAUGCAAUGGAUCUUAGCUUCAACAAAUUGUCCGGGGAGAUUCCAUUGUCUUUUAGUCAAUUAAAUCAGCUCAGGUCACUUCAUCUGAGCAAUGAUAAACUUACAGGAAGCCUUACAUCAUCUUUUCUAAAUUUAUCAAACUUGGAGACUUUGGAUCUUGGUAACAACAGAUUAUCGUGUGAAAUUCCACCAUGGAUUGGAAGUGGUUUUGCAGACCUUAGAAUUUUGAGCUUAAGGUCAAAUGCAUUUUUUGGUGAAAUUCCUUCCACUCUGUCAAAUUUAAGCUCACUGCAGGUCCUUGACCUUGCUAAAAACAAUUUGGCUGGAAGCAUUCCAGUCACUUUUGGAGAUUUUAAAGCCAUGUCUCUGGAACAGUACAUAAAUGAAUAUCUACCGUAUGGGAAAUACAGAGGCGUUUACUAUGAAGAAAGCUUGAUUGUGAAUGUAAAAGGUGGGGCUCCGAAGUAUACAAAAACUCUUUCCUUGGUCACUAGUAUAGACCUUGCCAGCAACAACUUACAUGGAGAGUUUCCUAAAGAAAUCACAAAAUUGGUGGGCUUAGUGGCUUUGAACUUGUCAAAGAACCAAGUCAUCGGUCAGAUUCUUGGAAGCAUUUCAAACUUGCGGCAAAUUUCUUCUCUUGAUCUUUCGCACAAUAGGCUCUCAGGUGCAAUUCCUUCCAGCAUGUCUACAUUAUCAUUUUUAGGUUAUUUGAAUUUGUCCGACAAUAACUUCUCAGGCAUGAUCCCUUAUAUGGGGCAUGUGACAACUUUUGAUGCAUCAUCUUUUGAUGGGAACUCUGGUCUUCGUGGAGCUCCACUAGUCCUCAAAUGCCCUGGUUAUGAUUCAGAUGGAGGAGGAGGUUCCAUUGUAGAAGACAGUAGUGAUGUUUUCAGUGACAUGUGGUUUUACUUGAGCAUUGGCUUGGGAUUUGCAGUAGGUAUUUUAGUUCCUUUUCUGAUUUUUUCUAUCAGAAAACCUUGGAGCCAUGCCUACUUCUUGCUUGUGGACAAAAUCGUUGGAUGGACUACUAUAUUUGGCCCGCAAAGCGCUACUGCUUCGUGA